UAAAACAAAUAAUUGCAGAUUUUGUUGGGUGUUGAUUGAUUUGAAUAGAAAUGGUUUCCGCUGCAGUUUUGGGAGCAGCAACUGGAACAGGAUUGGCUUUGGUAGUUGCCGUUACUAUUGUUGUUUAUCGAUAUUAUUCGGUGAAACGAUUAAGUAAAUAUUGGAGCACGCUUGAUCGUUGGCCUGAACCACCAUCCAACAAUAGUAAUUCAUCAGUAAUCGAUAAUAAUAACUGUAAAGACAAAAAUUCACCCUCAUAUGUGCUUGAUUGUUGGAGAAAAACUCAUCGCAAUUAUUAUGCAGUUCAAUCUCAGGAAUUUAAUGUUGCAAAGGAACAUCACGCAAUUCAACCCUCACAAUCAUCCACUGGGGUUGACGGUGGUUCGGGCUUACCACACCAAAGUCGAAGUUAUCCAAGCAGCGGAGCGUCAAUUCAAGGUCCAGGGGGUAGAAUUAUCGUUAGAAAUCCCUCAAUAAGCUCACAAAGUUCAUUAGAAGGGGCCACCACUACUGGUACCGCAUCUGGGUCAUCAACCCACCGUGGAUCAUCACCACAAAUUCGAGCUUUUGGCCCUGAUGGCCGACAUCAUCAUGAUUUGGUUCAUGCAUCAUCUUCAUAUCCACCCAGCAGGAGUUCAAGGUCACCAUCACCAGCACGGGCAUCUUCAUUAGAUGCUAGAUGCGGAACUCCAACAAGCUGUACAGGAAGUACUCAAACUGGAAUAGCUUCACCAUCCCAAAGCUCUUUAUCAUCUUUAGGAGCAUUAGUAACCGCAACAAGUACAUCUACAGGCAUAGUACCACCAACAAAACCAGCAAGUCGAUGUCUUUCACCUCUUUUAAUUCCGCCACCUAGAACAUCAAUAAGUGAUGGUAGCCCAGCACCUCCAGCUUCUCCCUUGGGAUCUCUCCAGCCAGAUCUUUAUCUACGUCGUGAUGGUCCACUUUUUUUAAGUGCUCGCAGAACUGGAAAAUGUAUGGGUCGUCUUCACUUACGUUUAAGUUAUGAUUUUGAUAAAUCAGAUCUACAUGUUCAUCUGAUAGAAGCGCACGAUCUUGCUGGAACGGAUCAAGGAGGGUUUAACGAUCCUUUUGUUAAACUUACCCUCAGUCCGGAGGUUGAUAAUAGAAAGCGACAAACUCAUAUUCAUAGAAAUGAUCCAAAUCCAUUUUUUGAUCAACAUUUCAGAUUUCCUGUUAGUUAUGAUGAACUAAAAGAAAAAACUUUGUUACUUCAGGUAUUUGACUAUGAUCGUUAUUCACGAAAUGAUGUUGUUGGUUCGGUAAGAGUUGCCAUGGAAGAACUUGAACUUGUUUCAUCCACCUCACCUGUCGAAGUUUGGGGCGAGAUAGCUCGUGAAAAGAAAGCGCUUGAGGAUAUACAACAAGUUCUUGUCUCUCUAUCUUAUUUACCAAGCGCUGAAAGACUUACAGUGAUGAUACUUAAAGCAAGAAAUUUAUUUCCACCCCAGAAAAAAGACACCUUGGAUCCGUUUGUCAAAGUGAGUUUACUGUCCGGUGACAAAAGAGUUAAGAAAAAAAAAACUGAAGUUAAGAAAGCUACUAAAAGUCCUGUUUGGAAUGAAGCCAUGUCUUUCAAUAUUCCUGCUAGUACUUUGGCGUCUUCCGCCAUUGAAAUAUGUGUACUGGAUGCCAGCAGUGAAAUGAGUGGAAAUUCCAUUGUUGGCUCAUGUAUUGUUGGACCAGCAACCAGUGGGAACCUUGCUACCAGCGCACCUGACAUUAUAAAUCAAAGUCGAGAACAUUGGACAAGUAUAACUCAAUCACCUAGAAAAGCUAUUGCUAUGUGGCAUGUACUUCAUUAAUUUUUUUUUUUUUUUAUAUAAAAUAUUUUAUUGUUGUAUUACAAUUACUGUCUCUCGGAAAAAUUUUUAAUAAUUUUAUU